AUGAGGUGCAAUGAGAAAGAAACCCUAAGCCUAGGGGCUCUCCUCUCGCAAGCCAAUGACCCCCCUCCGGCUCCGAAAUCACAACACAGCAUGAUAGACUCUCUAUUUGGGAGCAAGGGGAGCCUGAAGGGUAUCGAGUCCUCCUCGUGCUCCAAGAACCUCCUCCCUCCUCCUCCCUCUCCAACCGACCCCGCAUCAGAAUCCAAUGUCGACAUCGCCCCCUCCGACCCCGAUCUCACCACCGCUACGACCACCACUCUCCUUCAAAGCCUAAAAUUUGAUAUUGAUCUCGACGUCGAGGUCCAGUCCCCUGUCGACAACUCCAUAUGGGACUCCUUCUUGGCCGAUCAACUCGACCCCUCUACCGACUUCAUGCUCAUCUCCUCGCCUAGGAGAGACUACAUGAUGAUCUCUUCCCCUCGGAGAGACUACAUGAUCUCCUCCCCCAAGAGAGAUAACAUGAUCUCAUCGCCAAAGAGAGAAUACAUGGUCAUAACCUCCCCAAAGAGAACCAACAUGAGCAUGAACACGUCAAUAAAUAGCUACAGCUGUGGAUAUGCCUAUGGAGCUCAACAAGCCUAUGGGAACCCUAACCCUAACACCACUACUAAUACUUCUUCCUACACCACUAAAGGGAAGUCUCAAAGCCCUCUUCACAAGGUGUUCAACAACUCUAGGGCGUACAACUCAUCGUCUUCCGCGGGUUAUGAGGCGUUGUUGGAUGAAUACGGAAUGUACUCGAACUUGAAGGACGGGAGCACGACGGAGGUUUAUGAGGAGGCGGUUGGGGGGAUGACGGCGACGUUGUUGGAGUGUUUGGGGAUGCCGAGCUUGAAUGCGAGGUAUGGGGAGAGUAGCGAAGGGGAUCAUCAAGGGUAUGUCAAUGGAAUUGGGAUCGGUAGUAGUGUCGAUGGAGGAGGAGGAGGGUUGAUGGGGCUUAAUGAGGGUAGUUUGGGCAGUUGCAAGUCGGAGACUGGGGAGCAUGGACUGCUGGGGCCAAUGACUACUUGUGAUCAGACCGAGCAAGAACAGGACAACGGCCUGCACCUAAGCUUCCACCUCCUCCAUGCCCGCCUGCCGCCGCCCAGUCAGUUCGCCAAUGCGGAGACUAGCGGCUCUGCGGCCCGCCGCGUUCCCUCCACCAUCUCGCACCCGCCCACCGUCUCCCCCCUCGCGUCGCUGACUCGCAACCUCCUAGCAAUGAUAAGAGAUCAGGCCCCCAACAUAGUAACCUUAGUGGAACAAGAGGCCAGCCACAACGGCCCGCACUUUUUGGGCCGGUUUUUGGAGGCCCUACACUACUACUCAGCCAUCUUCGACUCCCUGGACGCGACUUUCCCUCCCGACUCCGCUGCUCGGGCCAAGCUCGAGCAAUACAUUUUCCAGCCCGAGAUCCGCAACAUUGUGGCUUGUGAAGGCCCGGCCCGAUUCGAGCGGCAUGAGAGACUCGAAAAAUGGAGGAAGAUAAUGGAGGGAAAGGGUUUUAAAGGGGUGGACUUGAGCCCAAACGCUGUGGCCCAAUCCAAGAUUCUGUUGGGCCUUUACUCUUGUGAUGGGUACAGGCUCACUGAGGAUCAAGGUUGCUUGUUGUUGGGUUGGCAGGAUCGGCCCAUUAUAGCCGCCUCCGCCUGGCGGUGUUGA